AAAUAAUUUUGGUAAUUUUGUAUUGUACGUGGACUUUCUCGCAGGAGCUGCAGUACAUUUCUGUUUUGUUUUGUCAGCAGUUCAAGUGUAAUAAUUUUUGUGAUGGAAUAUAGAGAAACUACUCGAUGGUACCUUAAGCGACUCUAUCAGAAUGAACACAAGAUUAUAAACAUUGGUGCUACAACGGAUAUUAGCAGAUCCUUAACCUCGGUUAUCACUCUCAACAGGCAAUCGUUUCAACAUGUAUCCAAGCGGCACUGCACCAUAUCUUGUGUUAAUGGAUUGGCCACCAUAAAAGACGAAACGUCCACAUGCGGCACCUUUGUUAAUGAUGUGAAGCUUUCCAAAGAGACGCCAGGGUCCGUCGUUUUGGCUGAAGGAGAUCGGAUUGGAGUCGGUUCACCAUGCUUCCAAGAUCCAUCAUUUUAUGAAAAAAACGAGCAUGUACUGCUUUACAUCGUAUGCAAGGACCGAAAUCGUAUAAUUAGAGAAGGCGAUGUGGACACCAUUUUAUCUAGCGAUGACGAAGGUAACGUUACUCCAAAUUUGCAAACAGUUCCACAAGAGAAAAUGCCCGAAGUCCCCGAGAAAAAUGAUAAACAAUAUCGCAUUCUUGGUAAUAUUGAUCUUUCUUCCGACGUUGAGGAAGAAGACGUGAUUUGCCUGAAUUAUGAAGAUAAUGUUACACGACUAGAUCAAGCAAUUAUGGCACAAACCGAAAAGAAAGCCAGAGAACAACAGGAAAUGGAAUGGAGAAUGCAACGGUUAAAACAAAUUGAACAAAAGAAUAACCUGAACCAGGCAAUAAGUGAACUAAAAUUAGAAGAAGACUCAACUGAUUCACAAAAGACUGAACAAGCACGUAGGGAAGAUGAGCAAGGAGAGCAGAAACGCAAAGAGAAAGAAGAUCUUGAGCACGCAUUAGCUAAGCAAACAGAAAAAAAUCGGAAAAUGGAAACUACUCGAUUUGAACGAUCGUCCGGAGAGGAUAAAGUGCAAAUGCUUAAUCAGCAGCAAGAAAAUAAACCAAAGGAAGUAGAUCAACGAAAUACAAAUGAAAUACGCAAAGAGAUACACGUCCGAAAUGAAAAUGAAAAACAGCCGGAGGAAAAAAAGAAGCAUUCCAACAAACACUACACUAAACACUCCAGUACAAGCCGCAAAGAGUCUGCUGAUAAUGGCUCAACAAAAAAUAAAGAGAAGGACAAAAAUAAAUACAAGCACAAUGAAAAAGAGCACAAGAAAAAAUCCAGACACAAAAGCAAAGAUAGACAUACUAGUGAACACCGAAGGCAUUCUUCAAAAUCUAGUGACAAUACAGGUCACCGGGAACAGAAUAACCAUCAUGGGAACAGGUGUACGGAUGAAAAACUCACUUCAAAAGAGCCGGAGUUGCCUUUUUGUGUAGAUCAAAUUGAAGAACUGUUUAAAGAUUCGCUUGCACUUCCUUCAGACGCAAUAGAAACAAUUUCAGUGCAUGACAGUGAAUCUGACAGUGAUAACGAAUUCAGCGAGCAAAAAUUCUCUCAGAGCUACUAUCGUCAAAUCAAGCAAGAGGCUUUGGAAGUAGACUUGCCGGAUGAUAAUGAACCAGACAUUCACGAUGAGGCAGUAAACAGUAAUCAGCCAGUAUUGAAUACGCCGUUGCUCGAUGAUUCAGAAACAAUUUACAUUUCUGAAGACGAUGAUGAUGAAGAAACGCUUGAAGAUUCAAAACGGUGGUUCAAAAAAUUGUCUCAAAGAAGCUCUCCUCUCAGAGGAAAAGUGCAAAUAAAUAAGGCACAAUCUAUAAGACCUGCCUUAACUCUAGAGACUGCUGGUAUAAAAUCAACUACCAAGACACAAACUGCAACACCAAAUGUUCCAUGUCACAAUUCAACUGCAUGCGUUUCAGAGAAAGCCGAGGCUAUCGACAGUGUUCCUCGACCGUCUGAUGUGGCUCUUACGAAUCAGACUGUUGCUCGAUUAGCCAAGAAAAUUAACGUUCCUCUCGAUGAUAACCCAGCCUCAGCCAAACGUAAACGUAGUCUUGAGGAGCGAAUUCAAGAAGGUGAAGAUAACCUAGAUGACUCAUUUUUUGCCGACAUUUUGACUGAAUUUGAAGAUUUAGGAACUAUCGUAGACACUAAGGUUUCAGAGGCGAAGAAAUCAAAAGUGCAGCAAACAGAAGCGACGGAUUCAUCAUACGCUGCAAAUACGGUAGCGAAAUCAACCAGUUUAAAGCCAAGUACAUCUACCCGCCCAAAUGAGAAAAACUCUAACAGUGCCUCAACUGCUUGGACGAAACGUAAGGUGCCCGUGGUGGAGCCACACCACAUUCCAAAACGACGAUCGAGCAUAUACAAUGGUGCAUCAUCCAGUAAAAUUUUGAAGCUUGACAACCGGUCUCCAAUACGGAAAAUAACUAAAAGUAACGAAACUCUGAAGGAAAAAUUAAAAGCCAUAAACUGCAAUAAGUCCCAAUCCGGCGACGAAAGCAGGAAGCAGAACUGCCGAUCGUUUACCAAACCGAAAUGCAAGUUUACUCCAAAGAACCGAGGUGCUUUUCUUGUGCAGGAAUCUCCUUCCCUAAACCAAGCCAAACCAAAUUCAUUGUCAGAUAAAAGUAGGGACAAUAGCCAUAGUAAUAACGUAGACGAUUUCAUCUGCACACAAUCUACCUCGCUUGAAAACUUGCCCGAUUUGGAUAAAAUGAUUGCCGAAUCCGUGCGCAAAGCACCGAAGCUUACUUUUGACAAUGUGGCAAAAGUCAGCAGCGUGGCCAUCAAUGCUCCCGCUUUCAGAAUUCCAAAGCAGCGAUCGGCUCCGCCACCCAAACUCACUCUAACCGACAGUGAAAGUUUCCGAUCAAUUUUAAACAAUAUCAAUUUACCAAGUCCUCCAGCGCAAGUCGAUCGUGCGGUAAAUAGUCUUACCAAUGGCUCUACUAGUCCUUCAAACAAAUUAAGGUCUAUUUUAAAAUCCAACAAUUAUGCAAAGCAUCCGAAAGAAGCUAAACGAGUGAACUGGAACAAUAUACUCACAGAUACCCGAGUGUUCGAAAUUGACGAAGGAAACGAAAUGUUCGUGCAAACAAGAGAUUACAAGGAGAAUUAUUAUAACUGUCAUCAAAUGACUCAAGCCUGCCUAAAUGAUAUUUUACUGCAGAUUACCAGCUGGAAUCCUGAAUGGUUCGACAAUCCCGCUGAAGCCAAAGUGUGCGAAACAAGAGUUCUACCAAUGGUGGAGGAGUAUCGCGAUUUUGAAGAGUACAAGCGAAUUGUGGUGCCAAUACUGAAAGUGGAACUGUUUCAUGAUAUAUUAGCUCAAUAUGAGCAAAUACGAAAAACUGACCAGCAGCCGCUGCAGAUGAAAUUGAAUCAGAUUAGGGCUCAAAGUCGAGUGUUUGUGCUUAACUGUAGCGUUGAAAUCAGUUCCCAUCAGAGCAUUAAUAAAAAGGAUUAUGUACUGAUAAUUUUUAGAGACAAAACCAGCGGAGAAACAUUACGCGUGCCGGCAGUCGUAACUACACGACGUCAGUUGGUUCAGUACGUAGCUGAAAAUGGAGUUAAAUUCUUUCAUUGCACUCUAGAAACUGCCAAAACUGAACUGUCACAGCGCAUUCGCGGUGGCUUCGGUGAAAGUUUUCGAAUAAUGUCUCUCACUCAAAUUAAUAUGCACCUUCGACAGUUUCAAGCUCUUGUUUACCUGGAAAAUUCGGCGCUGCUGGAAAACGUUCUUUGUCCGAAAAGUAAUUUUUACAGUUACCGUAUUGAUAAGGACGAUCGACGGUUAUACAAGGGAAAGGUAAGUACGGAUUUUCAAAAACGAUACCCUCUAGAGUACGAUCUAAUUACAACACAUAUCCGAAAGGAUUCGCUGAACCUUCAACAAGGAGAUACAUUGCUAAGUGUGUUUCAUCAAUGCCUCGACAUGAACCAGCCACACAUCAUGCUCAUUCAGGGACCACCAGGCACGGGAAAAUCACGACUGAUCAGCAAUCUUGUAAUGCAGCUGCACCGUAGUUUUCCGAUAAAUAAGAAGCUAAAGAUCCUCGUUUGCACUCAGUCGAAUACUGCUGUAGAUGUAAUUGUACUAAAAUUGAUCAAAUUGUUCCGACUUUUGAGUAAAGAAGAACAAGCAAAUGUACUGCGAACGGGAGCCGCUAACAAGAUUAACCAUGAAUGCAAGAUAGUAUUUUUAGAUGAACUCGCCAAAAAGCGCGUAAACACGGACAUUAAACACAGGAGGCUUCGAAAAGAGAAUCCAAGCCUUGAGACGUAUCUCGUAGAGCGUGAAAAUUUAGAGCGGAGACUAAAAUAUCUCUUACACCAAGCUACCAUGCAAAAAAAUGCAAACAAACAGGCCGAAAUCAAAGAGAUACAGGAAAAACUAAAUCGUAUCCAGAAAUUACUUCCCGCCGACGUAGAUAAUAUUGACGAGCAUGACGAUAACCGACGCGAUUUGGAAAAAUUGGCGAAAAAAGAACUUGUAACUAUGGCAGACAUUGUUUGCACUACGUUGGGUAGCUGUGGCGGUUUGACGGAGUACAGCAGAUCGCUACGAUUUGACGUGUGCAUUAUUGACGAGGCGACGCAAUGCACGGAAAUAGCUUCAUUUUCUCCUUUGCAGUAUAAUAUUCGAAAGUUAAUCUUAGUUGGAGAUCCCAAACAACUGCCACCCCUGGUUUUUGGCAAAGAAGCAGCCGAAGCGGGUUUAAAAAAUUCUCUAUUUUCGAGGAUUCAAAACUCUUUUAUUGGCACACAGUUCGAGGGAGUAAAAGUGCUCACUAAGCAGUAUCGCAUGCAUCCAGAGAUUUUAAAAUGGCCGAAUGAGUUCUUCUAUGAAGGCAAACUAACUAGCGAUUUACAAUCAACCAAAUGUGACGAAUUCCCUUUUAAACCCUACACCGUCUUCAGCUUAGAAUACCAACAAAAUCAAACUCAAUCGGAACAUCAGAUCUAUAACGAUGAGGAAAUUAAGUUUGUGCUGAAACUGCUGUCUGAAAUUAUGAAGUUUUGUGAACGCCAUACGUCGAUCGCUAUUAUUACUCCAUACACUCGACAUAAAAAAGAAAUCGAGAAAGAUCUUCGUUCGCGAAGGAUCACCCAGGUAUCGGUAUUGUCCAUCGACUCCGUGCAAGGACAGGAGUACGAUGUUGUAAUUAUUUCGUUAGCUCGGUCUUUAGGUAUGGGCUUCCUAGACAGUCCUCAGCGGUUAAACGUAGCGCUUACGAGGGCCAGAAAAUGCCUUAUUUUAUGUGGUAACUUUGCCGAUCUACAGGCUAUAGAACUGUGGUCGGCGUUGCUUAAAGAUGCUGAGGAUCGCAAGUUGCUGUUCAAUAUUGAAGACAACGAUGAGUAUAGCGACGUUGAUACUUUUGUAGAAAGAGUGAUGCAGUAUUUACGCAAACCUCCGGUUUAAUGUUAAUGGGCAUUAUUAUGAGGGAUGAAUACUUAUAGUGAGAUCAUUGAUUUCACAGUUGUACAUAGUUGUUACUUAAUGGGUUGUAAAGUAAGCUUAGAUUUAUCAUAUUAUGAAAUAUUUUAUGCGUGUCAGUACGCAGCGUCAAUUAGUCUAUUGAGUUCAGUACUACUUGUUCUAAAUUUCUAACGAAAGUGUAUUUUGGAUUAUUAUUGUCUCUGAAAGCAAAAAUGAUGGAUCAGAUAUGCUUACUUCAUGAUUUUUUUGUU